GUGCAGUGUUUAUUUUAAAUUGAAGUGAUCAUGAAUUUGUUCAUCGUUGCUCAACUCAUCGCUUUCUCCCUGAUCGUCGAUACGCGACCUGAUGAUGAGUGGCAUUAUCCUACGCCCGGAUCGAACGGCAUCAUAAACGAACCGGAAACGUGGGGCGGCCAGUGCGACAACGGUCGGCGUCAGUCACCGAUUGAUCUGACGCAGGCGGCUGCGGUGCGGGGCGAGUUUGCGCCGUUCCUGUUCAACAACUACAAGCUGCCGAUCAAGCAGCCGCAGCUCGUCAACACCGGCCACUCGGUGCAGGUGAACAAUGCGGAUCCGGCGGUGAGUUUGCAGGGCGGCGGCCUGCCCGGUCGCUUCGUCCUCGAUCAGAUGCAUUUCCACUGGGGAUCGGAGCACACGAUCGCCGGCGUCCGGUACGGGCUGGAGCUGCACAUGGUGCACCACGACGCCCGCUACCCGACGCUCAACGACGCCGCCACAGCCCGGAACGGUGUGGCCGUGCUCGGCAUCCUGUUUCACGUGACCGCCCAGCCGAACAUGCACAUCGGCGUCAUCCUGGACACCGUCGCGGACGUCCGCAUGGAGGUCGGCAAGGGUGCGCCGCUGAAGGGCAAGCUGUCGCCGUACAAUCUGCUCCCCAAGAACCUUACCACCUACUUCCGGUACGAGGGCUCGCUGACAACACCGGCGUGCGCCGAGGCGGUCUUGUGGACGGUGUUCCCGGAGAGCAUCGGCGUGUCGCUCGAGCAGGUCGAGAAAUUCAAGGACAUUCACGACCAGAGCGGGCAGCAGCUGUUGAACAACUUCCGCUCGCUGCAGCCGCUGAAUGCACGUGCGCUGGUGUACGCCACCGAGUGGGACCAGCUGAGCCGGGGCCAGGCUACCCUACUCCGGCCCAGUCUGCUUGCUCUGCUAACACUGGUGACGCUAUGCGCCAAAGCCUUCAUACACUAGAGUUCUUCAACAAAGUAGAAAGCAAACAAACACCUGUACAAUCACCUAGAAACUCAAAAGCAAUAUAAAUCGCUAUUAGAUUAAACAAGAGAGAUAAUAAACGCUACAUUAGUGGACUGUAAAUCGCGCCAUAGUAGGUAUAGAAUAGUGAUGAUGUUUAAAACUGCUUAGCCGUACUGCAUUUUGAAAAUAAAGCACAUUUGAAGCUGCAUCCGUU